AUGACUGAUCAAGCAGCACGUGAGGCAACCCAGUCUUCAGGCAUCGCCUACCCCUCUGCUUAUCAGAAAGACUACGAUUUCAGCACGCCCUUUCUCACACCAUUUUUUCACGACUACGGCAUCUCGCGCUGCAAUCUACAUCUCAUACUAGCUACCAUGAACCAUGAAAACCACGAAAACAACUCUGGAGAUGUUAACCAAAGGACCAUCGCCGCUCAGAAACUUGUGGAUGAUGUCGUCAACCAACGGUCUCCUUACGACCUCUUCAUGGAGAAUCUUAGGGCGAUCAGGAUAUCUUCGGUGGAAGGGGAGGACUACGUUCAACAGGUCAAUGAACGUAUGCGGUUACAAGGUGACGGAGGAGGUUCUGCACAACCAUUGCCAGCUUGGUUGAAUGUGUCUUCCUCUACUCAACCUUCCCAUGCUGAGAAUCCUUCAGCUCAUCCAUCAUGUUCAUCCACCCCUGAGGGACUUACUGCCGAAGAACUCCUCCAAUUCAAAGAACAUCGACAAGAACUUCUCAAGCGUCCAAACUCUACUAAUCAAGGACCGAACGAUGUUUCCGAAGACAUCGCGUGGGCACUUCUUCGAGCAAAAAUCAACCAGACUCAUUCAGCACUCGGAACUCAGCCCACGUCCUAUCCUUUGGACGACAUCAUCAAACUUCUUAAUGUCUCGCCUUCCUCCUCUGCCACUAUCCCAGCCUCGGUUUUAUCAGCAGCACCUCACCUCUCUGCUCUCUCGGAGCACACAUUUCUCGACUCUCACCUACAAACGACAUGGAAGCUUUGUCAAUCGUUCAACUCCAACAAAGCUAUUGACCCAAUCAUCGACCUCAUGCAACUGCAGCCUCUCGUUGACCCGAUCCCUCGUCCCUUGUGGCGAGCUAUCAUCCAAGAUCAAUAUGUCGAUUUCGAAAAGCUGCACGCUUCGAUGGAUCAGGGGUUUAGUCACAACGACGAUGCGAAGGAUUUUGCAGGGGGUUUUUCAUUGGUACGGAAGGAUCAGUAUUCGGCUAGGAAAGUGGUUAGGAAUGAGGCGGAAUGGGCUCAGGUUUUUCAAGCAUGGAAAGCAGGCGUUGUUUUAUUGUAUCCACAUCGCCUCAAUGAGCUCAAUACAUAUCAAGAUAUGGUUAUUGAGCUUUUUCGCACCGCUCCCUAUGAUCCGUUUGUCACUAUCAAUGUCGACGCUGAGGCCCGUGACCGAUACGCUUGCAGUCCUUAUCAGAUGGACGACCGCAGUCGCUUCCAACUCCCACUUCUAUCACAGAUGCUGCGAAAACGCGAGGCUACCGAUACUAUGGGCCCGUUGAAACGUGCUGCAGAAAGCACAAAGCUCGAGACCACGAAACGUGCCUCUCUUCUCUCGAAGCUCGCCAUGGAAAAGGACCUAGCACAAGCCACGCGGAAAGCAGAGGAGGCAAUUCUGGAAGGUCCUAAGGCCUUGCCUCGAAACUCGACGAAACGUCAAUCUGACACCAUAAUUGACCCCCCUCGUUUUCGUCGACGACUUGUUUGGUGCAAUAAUCAUUCUAACACUAUAUCUCCUUCUGCCCUUUACACCGAAACCACUCCUCCUUUUCAUUCACCACCCAUCCAUCUUAUCAACGACCCUGACAUCCAAUCAUCUCUUAGCGCUAUGAAAGACUCCAUUAAACAUGACAAACCACGAGUAGUCACCGACCAUAGCAGCUCAGGUUUAAACAACAGGAUUCCAAGAUCUGAGGGCCAUGUUUCAUACGACGACAUGCAUUCUUUUGGUCAGGUUCUACGCGAAGCCCGAGCUGCUCACCUUCAACAAACUCUAAUAACAUUCAAAUCAGACGUCGCGUCUGCUUUUCUCAAUCUUCCCGCUCACCCUCUCUGGCAGCUCUGUCAGGUUGUGAAGGUUGACGACAAACUUUACAUUGUUCAACUUCUGCUUCUAUGGGAAAGCAUAUCCUGCCCUUUUGAGGAUAAAAAGCAAGAUCACGGCGAAGUUUUAAAAAUCAUCGGAUUUUACAUUGACAUCAAUCGCGGCACUAUCACCCUUACACCAGACACGAUCACUGACAUUAUUUCUAAGAUCCACUUAUUCCUCGCUACCACUGAUCGACAACUGCGACUUCGUGAUUGGCAACGACUUGGGGGGCAUUUGAAUUGGCUACUCAAUGUUCUUCCCUGGGGCCGUCCGGCUCUAAAUGCUAGCCUUACAACUAGUGUUCGCAAGUUCAGUUCAGUCCGGUUUUUUGACCCCAAAACGCGCAACCGUGGACCGCAACCGGUCUAG